UAAUUUCUUUUACCUUAAGCUAUUAACAACUUGUUCGCUCUCAAGCAAAAUGUCCUUAAUAGCAGAAGCACCCAACUUUCUUAAACUUUAUUCUGAUGGUUCUGUGAAACGCUUUGACCCUGAAAUUGUUCCAGCCUCUUUAGAAUCAACCAAGGGAUACAAGUCCAAGGAUGUGAUCAUAGACUCAUCAAAACCUAUCACAGGAAGAAUCUUCCUUCCUGAUUAUCCUACUUCCUCUAAGAAACUUCCUCUCUUAGUCUAUUUCCAUGGUGGAGGCUUUUGCAUUGGCUCCACCACAUGGCUUGGCUACCAUAACUUUCUUGGUGACUUCUCUGUCACAUCUCAAUCGAUUAUCCUUUCGGUUGAUUAUCGUUUGGCUCCGGAGCAUCGCCUCCCUAUUGCUUAUGAAGACUGUUACACCUCACUUGAGUGGCUUGGUGAUCAAGUUUCUUGUGAACCCUUGUUGCAACAAAUUGACCUAACUAGAGUGUUUCUCUCUGGAGACAGUGCUGGAGGUAACAUUGCACAUCAUGUUGCUGUGAAGGCAAUUCAAAACAAUGAAUGCCCUUUGAAGAUUAAAGGGUUAAUGCUCAUACACCCUUAUUUUGGUAGUGAGAAGAGGACUAAGAAUGAGAUGGCUGAUGAAAGUAUAAAGGAUGUGGCCAUGAAUGAUAUGUUUUGGAGACUAAGUAUUCCAGAAGGCUUAAAUCGUGACUAUUUUGGUUGUAAUUUUGAGAAAACGGACCUAUCUACAAGUGUAUGGUCUAAAUUCCCAGCAAUUGGGGUUUAUGUUGCUGGUAAGGAUUUUUUGAAGGAAAGGGGAGUCAGGUAUGCAGAAUUUUUAAAGAAGAAAGGUGUAAAAGAGGUGGAGCUUGUGGAGGCAAAGGAAGAGACUCACGUAUUUCAUGUAUAUUAUCCUGAAUCCUGUGCAACUCGCUUGCUCCAAAACCAAAUGAGUCUAUUCAUGGAGAAAUAUUAGCAUCAACUAUGGCUAUAAAAGGACUAUGUUUCUUAAUAUCAAUAAGACAAUCAAUUGAAGUAGUAUAGAUUAAGAUGCUUUGUCAUGCUUUUGCUAGUCUUCAAUAGAUGCACAAGAGCUAUCUAGCUAGAAGCUAUAAAUUAUUAGAUUGCCAUUGAUGGCGUUCCCUAAAAUAAAAUCCUUUUACCUUUACAGGUAGUACAUAAUGGUAUAUUGUGCACGCAGUUUGAUUUAUUCUACAACAUACUACAUAUCAUGUAUUGAAUU